AUGCGUUAUUCAAUUCUCGCCGCUCCCAUUGCCCUAGCCGCCAGUGUGUCUGCUGCCAGUAGUGUCACCACCGCCACUAGUGUGUCUGCUGGACAAUAUGCCACCUCCUAUAUCACCCAGGUUGUCAGCACUUUGACCACGUAUUGUUCAUCGGCGACCUCCCUGUCUAUCAAUGGCAAGAUCAUCACUGUCACCGGGGCCACAACUUUGACAAUCACCGACUGCCCUUGCACCCUGACGCAACAACUCGUUACAACCAGCCCCACCCCAGUCGCUGUCUCCUCGACCAAGGUUUCCUCGGUCCCUAUCGUCGUUCCUCACCAAGUCCCAGCUCCACCCCUUUCCUCGGCGAAGGUUGUCUCCUCGGUCCCAGCCGUCGUUUCCUCGACCAAGGUUGUCUCCUCGGUCCCAGCCGUCGUCUCCUCGACCAAGGUUGUCUCCUCGGUCCCUGUCGUCGUGGCAAUCUCUUCGACCCCGGCCGUCAGACUCACCACCGCCUCAGCACCAUUCCCAGCCUCUAACAGCACCACCCUGCGUGCCAGUACUGCUUCAGCCGGCACCACCUCUCGAUCUGUAUCCUCUACAGCGGCGACGCCGACGACGACGACCUUCAAGGGUGCCGCUAACAAAGUGGGCGCUUCCAGCGUCAGCUUUGUCGCUCUGCUCGGUCUCGCUGCUUACCUCCUGUAG